AAGAGUUUUGGAAAGUUUCUCUUCCCCAACUGUGAUAGAACAGCAGCGUUUUAAUGGAAGCCAGUAAAGGGAUCUACAAACCCAUCAGGGUGCUGUUCAACACACCCAUAUAUAACACAGCUGUGGAGAUCUGCUGGUAUCUACCAGGUUACAGGGCUCAGAUUGCAAUGAUGAUGGAAUUCCUCAGACUUCAGAAGGAAAACCAAAUACCAUCAAGCCUCACUGCAGAAGAUAUGGGAGAUCUUUUGGUGGAGAGGAGCAAAGAGACAGUCAGAGAGCAACUUUGGGAGUUUGAAUUGGAGGGUUUGGAAGAAACAGAAGCCAAACCUCUUCUGAAACUGGUGUGGGCAGUGAACACAAUAAAUAAAAUGAGGGACAUCGAGUUUCAAGCCCGGAUGCUGCUGGAAUUUCCAGAGGCCAUACCUCCUAAAUUUCAAACACCUAAGCUCCUCAGCAAUGUCAGGAAGUACAUUGACCUCCUUAAAGAGAGGCAGCAGGACGCACAAACCUCCAAACUGUUCACUGCAACAGACGUGGUGAUAGAGGUGGUUCCCCGUGUCCUGCAUGGCUUCUGGAAGCUUCCUUCUUACCCCCUACUGAACAUGUCCUCCCAAAAAUUGAGCAUCCUCUCCACCAGUGUGACAAAGGCCACUUUGGAUCGAGUGUCCAAAUCUCUCCUAACAACGGAAAACCAGGCCAUCUUCUCAAGGUCCAUCAGAGAUGACAUGGUGCAAAGUAUCCUGUCUGAAGUCAGAGAGAAAUAUUCAGAAAAGAUUCUGCUGAGCCACAUUGCAAACUUUGCACCAGGACUACUCAGGGCAAUUUCUGAUGUAGCAAAGACGAGCAUAUGCCAGAUCUUCCAGCCCCCUUGUGAAAGUCCAGUAGUGUCUGAUGUUCUUCCAACUAAAGAACCUCAUCCUGAAGGUCUGCUGAAGUCAGAUGUUCUUCCCACUUCCCAACCUCCAGUUGAAAGUUCACGAAUUGCUGAUAUUUUUUCCACUCACGAACCUCCUUCCAAAAGUUCAACAAAGGCUGAUGUUCUUCCAGCUAAAGAAUCUGCUCAUGAAAAUCUGCUGAAGUCAGAUGUUGUUCCUACUAAAGAACCAAAAGGACCUGAUCGUGAACGUGUUCUGAAGUCAGAUGUUCUUCCUACUUCCGAACCUCUUUUUGAAAGUUCCACAAAGGCCAAUGUUCUUCCAGCUAAAGAACCUGCUCAUGAAAAUCUGCUGAAGUCAGAUGUUGUUCCUACUAAAGAACCAAAAGGAUCUGAUCGUGAACGUGUUCUGAAAACAUUUCCACCAAACCUGGGUGGGUGCUGGAGCUCCAGGAAGGAAAACUCAGAAGAGGAGGAAAAACAGUCCAAAGAAACAGUUCAGGAGGCCAACCGCAUGGCCAUCAACUGA